AUGAAGAAUGACUACGAGGCACUGAUUCAGUCGGCCCAAUACUAUAACUCCAGCAUGUUUCCAGAUCUAGUGCCGGCGCUGGAUCUAGGUCGAAAUGAGAACGUCUACUCAAUGUCACCAGAGGUCUUUUCCGCGAUGGUUGGCUUUCCUGAUCAUGUCCGGUUAGGAAUGGUCUGCACGACCCUCAGCCAUUGCAUCAAUCGAUCGAGGGGCGGUGACUCACAGUCCACUGCCCUGACCAAGACCUUUUAUCGCUAUCGCGGUCUGAUUAUCCGUUCUCUCUGCGACGAUAUUAAUGUGGAACACAAGCGCACGAGCCCACUAGUCAUCGCGGGCAUGUUGAACCUUCUGCUGGCAGAUGCACAUCAAGGAGUCUCACCACAUUGGCGAUACCAUCUCGAGGGCGCCCAGAAAUUAAUCAUGCUGCGCGGUGGCAUGCGUUCGCUGGUCGAAUCCACAGGCGUAGCGCCACUGCUGCGUUGCUUCGUGCUCAUUGCCGUCAUCGGGGAUACUUCAUCACCAGCAUACAACCUAGCCAUGUCCACUCUACACAUGGAAGAACUGGAAUUUAUGGUAGAAAGAUUUGGCGGCGAAGGCUUUGCCUUCUUAACGUUCCCGGCACCCCUAUUCGCCGAGAUCAUGAAGAUCAACCUCCUCCGCGCACAAGCUUCAAAACUCGGUCCCAACGCCGCAGAAGACUUCGCCCCGGAGGCAUACGACAUCCUGAACCGGGUCUUCACCUUCUCAUCAGAGCAAUGGGCCGCGUUCGAGCCACCAUCAACAAGGGAAACCUGGAUAAUGCUAGGAAACCUACACCAGGCUGCCGUCGUAGUAUACUGCAUCUCGUCCCUGCAGAGUCUGUCGAUUCUCCCCUCGAAUUCCGUGCUGAGAGGCAGCCGGCUCAGCCAUGGCCAGCUGCUGCAGAAGCUGCUCUGCCAGGCAUUGCCGAUGCUAAGUGUCAAGCGGUUUAUGAUAUGGCCACUGGUAGUGCUCGGCGUCGAGGCCGUGAAUGGCGGCGUGCCAAUGCGGAAUUUUGUGCGGAAGCAGCUCGAGGACCUCGGUCGCCACAUGGCUACGUGUGUCCCGCUGACGGCGAAGGAUGUCCUGGAGAGAUUCUGGGCGUCUGGUGAGACGCGCUGGGAUGCUUGCUUUGACAAACCUUAUGUUUUCUCUUCGCAGAUUGCGGUUAAUGUUGGUCAGCUGCGCUGA